AUGACUCGUCAGUUACAGGAGUCAGUAACCUAUUUUGGCACUGCACGUAUGCAGUUGUUCUUCCAACCAAACCACAUAAUUCUCUCAAAUCAGACAACGUUGAGCAUUUGCCUUACCAAAACCGAUCGCAUUCAUGUUGAGGAAAUGGAGUGGAGGCUUUUCUACUUGAAGUGGACUGUUGCCAUAAUAAUCGUGUACGAAAUUGACGGACGUAUCACAGACUUGACGUGUACUGAAUUUCUGAGGAAAAGUCAUAGAUUCUCGGAAAGGGCAGUAAAUUGCAAUGAUCGUUAUCCUGAAAGUCUUUGUCUCUUCUUGUAUUCGUCAAAAGUCAUACAAGGAAGUAAUCGUGAGAGAAAUGCUAGAUGUUUCCGUGUAAGUUUCAUUGAUGGUUCAAAGAGCUGCCUUUCAAAACAAUCUCAACCUGAAGAACCCAAAGACGGGGCAGACGUUUGCAAAGACUAUGCUCCGAAUUGCAAGGCCCAUCCAGAAGUAUGCAUGCACUCUUCGUUGCAAAGCUUUGCGCAGAAAUAUUGUAAGAGGACGUGCGGAUAUUGCGCAAAGUCUGUGAUCACCACAACUAGGACAUCCUUUGAGGCACUGAGCACAAUUGCCAAGGACUCACAAGCAUCCGAGCCUUCAGUACUUCAAGAAACGACAACUCUCUUCGACACAGCAUCUGCGCUCGUAAGCGCGACACCAACAAAGAAAGAAGCAAAUAUGAUGAUGAGCACAAAUGAAGUCUUAGAUGUAGAGUCAUUAGCGACAUUUACAGUACCAACCGGAGAGAAAAUCACUGCCUCAUUGCCAACAAUAUCGAAAUCUUCUGCCGUACAGUCAGAGAUGCCGAACGCAACAUCAUCGCUAAAACCUUUACAGAAAUCAAGCACGACAACAUCCGAUUCUUUGCAGGAGCUCACGCAAAAGAAUAUCGCAGUGGAGACAAAAGAAACAGUUUCUACGCCUUUGGCUUCUUUACAUACGAGAACCACCACAACAGCUGAAACUCAUAGGGCUUUACAGCCAAAGUCAACCACAGUUACCACAGAAUUGCAAAUGACUCAGUCUUCAUACGUUCCAGAGAUGUUGAAUACAGUUGAAGCGAGUUCUCAGAGAUUCACGAUAAUGGAGACUAAGAAGGGAGUAGUUGGAAAACUGUCAGACAUCUCGAGCGCAAGCGGAAAGGCGCCUAUUACGACAACGAGUAUGAGUGCAUUGUCAGGAACGCUAGAAUCAUCCAUGUAUACAAAAGACGAAAUCAGAGAAACAUCUACUAUGAAACCAGCUUUGACAGCUGUAAACAUCAGAUCGACCGCCUCUUGUACGGAAGCAGAUGCAGAGAAGUGUAGAAGUAUGACGGCAAUCACGUCAAGCACUACAACUCAAUUGGAGGCUUCCUGGGUAAGGGUGAUGGCAGCUGAUGAAUUAUCGGAAGCAGCAAAAGCAACAUCCUCAUCUAAAGUCACGUUAUCAGAUUUAACUAUUACCAAAAGAACAACAGCCCGUGGUGCCCCAUCAAAUGGAGAAGAAGUAAUUUUUUCUAAAGUUUUUGUACCAGAGCCAUCUACAGUAGGAGAUAUGCAAAAUACAACUCCAACAAGCUUGAAUAUAUCUACAUUUGAAGAAUCCGGGUCACCGAAUAAUACAAGAGAUGCGAGAUCUACAUCCCAAGUGGAGACUAUUACAUUACCAUCUCCAAAAUUCACACCCACUGCGGCAACACCAUCAGCAACAGCAUCUAAUGCCUCACCUAUGACUACGACCACGAAGUCACCACGGACUUCAAAAAGCUCAACAAGAAAAACGCCAGCAGCUAGACCCGUCUUGCCAGACUCAUCAAAGCCGAUUACGAAAGCAACGGUAGCUUCCAUCUCAAGAAAGUCACCAAAAGCAACAACCGAUGCACCUACAACCAUCCUCCAAUCCACAUAUAGAGUGCCAGCCAAGACGUCAGCGGUCUUGUCUACCCCUCACGUGUCAGAAAUGGAGAUAGUUCAGGAAACCUCCACAAAAUCAAACAUUACAGCUCUUCUAGGAUCGUAUACAUCUGCAGCAACGACUCUCCUAUCGCAGCAGCAGACUACGCUAAAUAUCUUCGCAGAAAAGAAGGCAAGCACCUCAAACGCAGCCGUCACUGAUUCUAGCACCUCGCACAAGUAUUCGGCCUCGGAGUCAAGCAGUGUUGCAGCCACUAUGAGCACAGCAGCCACAAAUCUCACCACUCCUCAGGGAAAUUAUUCCGCUAUAGAGUUAAGCAUUGCUGCAAGCACAGAAAGCGCAGCUACCACAAAUUCAAGAACUCCUUCGUUUGGGCGUUCUGUUACGGAGUCAAGCAGUGUUAAAAGCAUUGUAAUCCCAGCAGCGAUAAGUUCCACCACUCAUUCUCGUAAGCAUCCCUCUAAGGAGUCUAGCAAUAUUGUAAGCACUAAGAGUACAGCAGCCAUGGAUACCAGCACUUUUGUUCACAAGCAAUCCCUAACAGAGUCGAGUAUUGUCACGAUCACUAAUGGCACAGUAGCCACUGAUUCAAUUAAAUCAAACAAGCAUUAUUCCACAACGGAGUCAAGCGGUGUCACAAACACUAAGAGCACAUCAGCCGCUGAUUUUAGCACUCCUACAAAAAAAUAUUCCAUCACUAAGUCAAGCAGCAUCACAAGCAGUACGAGCAGAACAGCCACUAUUUCCACAACUCAUUCGCUUGAGUAUCCCGAUGUGGAGUCUAGCAGUGUCGCAAGCAUUAAGAGCGCAGCAGCCACGGAUCAGAGCGAUCCUCCACAAAGAUCUUACAUUACGAAGACAAGCACCGUUGGAACGAGCAUAGCACCAACUGCUUUUAUCACUACAGACACAGCAGCCACUAACCCUAGCAAUGCUCCACACCGGUACUCCACAAUAAAGUCUACCUCUACGAGCACAACCACUGACUCCAGCAUUUUUUUCUGUGAGUAUUCUGAUACGGAAUCAAGCAGUUCUGCUAGCACUACAAGCAGAGCAUCCACACAUCCCAGCUAUCGUCCACAGAGUUAUUUCGCGACAACAUCCAACAGCGUUGCAAGCACGAGCACAGCAGCUACCGACUCUAGCACUUAUUCGGUCGUAAAUUUUCAUAGGGAGUCAAGCAGUGAUGUGAGCUCUAGCGGCAUAAUCUCCAGUGACACCAGCAUUCAUCCAUUUAAGUUUUCUUCCAAGGAGUCGAGCGGUGCUGCAAGCACUGUGAUCAAAACAGGAUUAGAUUCCACCACCCCUCAGGACAAAGUACCUUUUGCAGACUCAAGCAGGGUUGUAACUACUACCAGCACAGCAGCAACUGAUCCUAGCAAUGCUCCACACGGGUAUUCCACAAUAGAGUCGAACAAUAUUGCAAGUACUAGGAGUACAUCACCCACUGAUUCCAACAAUCCCCUACGCAGUUCCUCAGCAGAGUCGAGCACUAUCACACACAUCAUGAGCACGUCAGCCGCCGAUUCCAGCCUUCAAUCGCAAAAGUAUUCCGCUAAGGAGUUUGGCAGUAUUGCAAGCACUAAAAGCACAACAGCCAUGGAUCCCAGCACUCCUGCACACAAGUUUUCCUCAACAGAGUCAAACACUUUCAAAAGUACCACGAGCACAGCAGCCACUAUUUCCAGUACACUUUUGCUGAGGCUUUUUGUAACGGAGUCGAGCAGUGUCGUGAGUACUAGGAGCACACCAGUUAUUGAUUCGACCACUCCUCCGCGCAAGCAUCCAGCCAUGGAGUCAAGCACUGGUACAAGCACUAUGAGCACAGCAAGUGAUAUCAACAUUGAGCAAAAAUUAUCUCAUGCAGAGUCUAACAGUGUUGUAAGUACAACGAGCGCAGCCAUUGACUUUAGUAAUGCUCCACAGAGGCAUGACACAACGGUGUCUAACAGUAUUGCAAGUGCUAGGAGCACAGCAACCACAAGCACUGAUUUCAUUGAUGCUUCCAGCCUUUAUUCCGCAAAGGAGUUAAGCAGCAUUACAAAAAGCUCAACAGCAGUUGCCAUCACAUCUUUUCGGAAGUACUCCGCUACAGAGGCAAGCAGUAGCACUACGAGCAUAACCGCCACUGACUUCAGCGCUCACUUGGUUGAGGAUUCUGAGACGGAGUCAGGCCGUGUUGCAAGCACUGUGGUCGCAUCAAAAAUUGAUUCCACCACCCCUCAGCACAGCUUACCCAGUGCUAAGUCAAGCAGUGUUGGAGGCACUAAGAACACAGAAUCCACUGAGUCCAUCACUUUUUCGCCCUUCAAACACAAUGUUGCACAGAAUCAUCCUAGAACGGAGUCCAGCAGUGUCACGAACACCAUGAGCUCAACCGCCGCCGCCAUAACAUCUUCACGCAAAUAUCUCGCUACGGAGUCGAUCGGUGCUGCAAGCACUACGAGCAGAGCAGCCACUGAUCCCAGCAGUCGUCCACAUAGGUUUUAUACGGAAAUGAGCGGUGUUGGAAGCACUAUAAGCAGUGCAGCUAUUGAUUCCAGCACUCAUCCGUUUACGUAUUCCGAUGCGGAGUCAAGCAGUACUAUAAGCUUUAGCGGCACGAUCGUCAGUGACAGCAGCACUCAUCCUCUCAAGUAUUCUGCUAUGGAUUCUAGCUCCACAAUGGAGUCUUACAGUAUCGUAAGCGCUAGAAGUACAGCAGCCACUGAUAUCCAUAAUCCUCCACACAAACCCGAGUCAAGCAAUGUCACAAACACUAUGAGCACAUCAGUCGCUGAUUCCAGCACUCCUGCGCAAUAUUCUAAAACAGAGUCAAACACCGUUACAAGCUUGAGCUCAGCAGCCAUUAAUUCCACCAGUCGUUCGAUUAAGAAUACCGCUAAAGAGUCUAGCAGUGUUGCGAGCACUAGGAGCACAGCAAACACUGAAUCCAUCAAUGUUCCACUCAAUCAUUCCACAACGGACCCAAGCAACGUCACAAACAUUAUGAGCUCAGUUGUUGCCAGCACAUCUCCGCAAAAUCAUUCCUCUAUAGAGAGAAAUAUUAGCACUAUGAGUACAAGCACUGACUCCAGCUCUCAUUUACUCAAGUAUUCUGCUACGGAGUCUCACCAUGUUUUAACCAUUGCGAGCACGACCGCGAGGGAAAGCACUUCUCUACAUACUGAUGAUGCGACACAGCUUAAUAGUGGUGCAGGCACUACGAGAACACUAGCCACAGAUCGCAAUACUCCUUCGCGCAAGCAUUUUGCUGUGGACUCAGGCACUGCAAGCAUUAAGAGCACAACUGCCACUGAUUUAAACACUCAUUUGCGUAGGCCUCCUGCUACGGACCCAAGCAGUAUUGUGACCACUGUGAGCAGAGCAGCCGCGAGUCCUGACACUCCUGCAUAUAAUACUUUUUCGCCUAAGUACUCCGCUGAAGAGCCACGCACUGAUGCGAGCAUUACGAGCACAGUCUCCACUGAUUUAGACUCUCAUUCAAUUAUUUGGCGUUCCGCUACUGAAUCGAGCAUUGUUGUAACCACUGCGAGUACAGCAACAACGACUCCUGACAUUCCUUCUCGCAAGUAUUCUGCCACAGAGACGAUCAGUUUUGCAAACACUACGGGCUCAGCGCCCACAGAUCUUAACUUUUUUGCACAAAAGUAUAUUAUAACAGAGUCAAGCAGUCUCACAAGCACUGUGAGCACAACAGCAGCUGCCAUCGCAUCUCCGCGCAAAUUUACCGUUAGGGAGUCAAGCGGUGAAGUAAGUCCUGUAAGCACAGCUGCCACUAAUGCCGCCAAUCCUUCAUACAGUUAUUUCGCGACAGGGCCUAGCAGUGUUGUAACCAUUGCGAGCACAGCUGCCACGAGUCGUACCACUCCUCCUCACACGUAUUUUGCUAAGGAGACGAGCAGUUCUGCAAACACUGCGGGUACAACAGAAUUCACUGCUUCGAUUAGUCAUUCUCCUGGUGAGACUAGCCUUGUAACCACUACGAAUAAUGCAGCCAUCGAUACUGCAGCUUUCCCACAAAGUUAUUUCGCAUUGGAGUCAAAGAAUGCUGAAACCACAAUGAGCACAACAGCCACCCCUACCACUCCGCUUGGGAAUGCUGCUGCGGAUUCUAGCGGUGUAAAAGUAGGGGCAUAA